UUACCAGCUUCAUCAAUGCCACGACUGCCAUCUGGCGCCAACAAUGGUGGUAAAGACCUGCAGACAGCAAAAAACAGAAGAAUGAGCAACAAGUUAUUUAAAAAUGAAGUCAUCCAACCACUUCUUACUGAUUAUUAUCAAAUAUCAAUGGCCUAUGCUUACUGGCAUAAUGAAAAGAUGAACGACUUUGCAGUAUUUGACCUCUUUUUUCGUAAGAAUCCAUUUAAAGGAGAGUAUACAAUUUUUGGUGGAUUACAACAAUGUAUAGAAUAUUUGAAGGAGUUUAAGUUCAGUGAAGAUGAUAUAAAUUUUCUAAAAAGUAUCUUACCAAGCACAACUGACCCUAAAUUUUUUGAAUACCUGAAAACUCUUACAACAAAAGAAGUGACGUUGUAUGCUGUUGCAGAGGGUAGUGUUGUUUUCCCUAAAACACCAAUAAUCAGGAUAGAGGGUCCUCUUGCAGUUGUUCAACUGCUUGAAACAACCCUUUUGAAUCUUGUAAACUAUGCAAGUUUGAUUGCUACCAAUGCUGCUCGAUUUAGAAAAGCUGCUGGUGAUAACAAAGUUUUAUUAGAAUUUGGUUUGAGGAGAGCUCAAGGACCAGAUGGUGCACUUUCUGCUUCACGCUACUGUUAUAUGGGAGGUUUUGAUGGAACAAGUAAUGUACUGGCUGCUAAAGAAUUUGGUAUUCCUACAAAAGGAACACAUGCUCAUGCUUUUGUAUCUUCUUUUGAUAUCAAUGAAGUAAAUCUCAAGAUGAAACUUCUAGACCUUAAUGAUAAUAUAAGUAAAGAAUUUCUUCCUGUGGUUAACCAGAAGCUUUUAGAUGUGGCGGAUGCAUUUAAAAUUAGUUUAGAUCAAACAAGUCAAGGCGAACUAAAAGCAUUCGCUGCUUAUGCAAAUGCAUUUCCAACAACAUUUGUUGCAUUGGUUGAUACUUACAAUGUACUAAAGAGUGGUGUUUUAAAUUUUAUUGCUGUUACCCUGGCUUUGAAUGACUUUGGUUACAAAUCAAUUGGAAUUAGAAUAGAUUCUGGUGAUUUAGCUUAUCUUUCAUUAGAAGUUCGUAAACUACUUAAACAGGCUGCUGAAAGAUUUAACAUUGGUUGGUUGGAACAUUUAACUAUUACUGCAAGUAAUGACAUAAAUGAAGAAACAUUGACAUCAUUGCAGCAACAAGGUCAUUCAAUAGAUGCAUAUGGUAUUGGUACUCAUCUUGUAACUUGUCAAAAACAACCUGCACUUGGGUGUGUGUACAAGCUUGUAGAGCUGAAUGGUAUACCACGCAUUAAGUUAAGUGAAGUUGUAUCCAAGGUAACAAUUCCUGGAAAAAAAGAUAUUUACAGACUUUAUAACAGCGAUGGAACUGCAUUGUUAGAUUUAAUGACCAAUUCAUUUGAAAGUGCUCCAAUUGCUGGAGAAAGAGUUUUAUGUAGGCAUCCAUAUGAUGAAUCAAAAAGAGCUUAUGUUAAACCUACUGUUGUGGAACCGUUACUCAAACUAUAUUGGAAAGAUGGAGAGAUUCAAACUCCACUGAACUCAUUAGAAGAAGCAAGAGCUAAUGUAAAACAAUCACUCAAAACUUUAAGACCAGACCAUUUGAGGUCUUUAAAUCCAACACCAUAUAAGGUUUCGGUGACAGAAGGGCUUUAUAGUUAUUUCCAUGAGCUAUGGUUAAAAUGUUCUCCAAUAACAGAUCUUUCAUGAAUACUUCUUCCUUAACUGUUGGAUGUAAUGGUUGAAUUUACUGCAGAAAUACAUUAUAUAUAUUCAGAUAUAUGUUAUAUGUAUUCAGAUACUGUUAUAAAUGUGAAAUAAGUACAUAAUUUAUUAUAUAAAAGAAAUUUUGAAGUUUUUUUUAACAACCUUCAUUAAGCUUUUUA